AGGGGGUGACCCGCUGUUGUGCCUGCAGGUUGCCCGUCCUUUCACGAGCUGCGUGUGGUAACGCAAACGCGGAUUCCAUGUCUUUUCUUGUAAGUAAACCCGAACGGAUUAGGCGGUGGGUGUCUGAAAAGUUCAUUGUUGAGGGUUUAAGAGAGUUCGAACUGUUUGGAGAGCAGCCUCCGGGUGACUCUCGGAGAAAAACAAAUGAGGCGAGCUCCGAGUCGAUAGCUUCUUCCCCUAAAAGGGACACCAUGAGCAACUUCCUACCAGACAGCAGCUGUUAUGAGUUGCUUACUAUCAUAGGCAGAGGCUUUGAAGACUUGAUGGUUGUGAACCUGGCCAGGUAUAAACCUACAGGGGAGUAUGUCACAGUCAGGAGAGUGAACUUGGAGGCCUGCACGAAUGAAAUGGUCACAUUCUUGCAGGGGGAACUUCAUGUUUCCAAGCUCUUCAACCACCCUAACAUCGUGCCGUACAAAGCAACUUUCAUAGCUGACAAUGAGCUAUGGGUAGUGACAUCUUUCAUGGCCUACGGUUCUGCAAAAGAUUUAAUCUGUACCCAUUUUAUGGAUGGGAUGAGUGAACUGGCUAUUGCAUAUAUCCUCCAAGGUGUAUUGAAAGCACUUGACUACAUCCACCAUAUGGGCUAUGUACAUAGGAGUGUUAAAGCCAGCCAUAUCCUGAUCUCUGUAGACGGGAAGGUGUACCUCUCUGGCCUGCGAAGUAAUCUAAGUAUGAUCAACCAUGGGCAGCGACUCAAAGUUGUUCAUGACUUUCCCAAAUACAGCAUCAAAGUCCUGCCUUGGCUCAGUCCGGAAGUCUUGCAGCAGAAUCUCCAGGGUUACGAUGCAAAAUCUGACAUUUACAGCGUAGGGAUAACAGCCUGUGAGCUGGCAAAUGGACACGUACCAUUUAAAGACAUGCCUUCUACUCAGAUGCUCUUGGAAAAGCUGAAUGGAACUGUUCCCUGCCUGCUAGACACCACCACAAUUCCUGCUGAUGAGCUGACUAUGAAGACCUCCCGUUCAAGUGCUAACUAUGGGAUGGGCGAGAGCAUGGCUAUUAGCAAUGUGAGAGCGGCCAACGGAGAGCCAACGCUGCACCCUUAUCUUCGGACCUUCUCCACCUACUUCCAUAACUUCGUAGAGCAGUGCCUCCAGCGGAACCCCGAUUUCAGGCCAAGUGCAGGCGCUCUGCUUAAUCAUCCCUUUUUCAAGCAGAUCAAGCGCCGCGCUUCUGAAGCACUCCCUGAACUUCUGCGCCCUGUCACCCCAAUCACCAAUUUUGAAGGAACGCGGCCCCAGGAUCCCAGUGGCAUUUUUGGGCUGGUGUCAAACCUGGAGCAGCUGGAUGUGGAUGACUGGGAAUUCUAGAAAAACGGGGACUAUACCUGGUUCUGGAGGAGCUUUCUGGACAUUGUAAUUUAUUGGUCCUGUUCCUAAAAGGUGAUGAAUGUUACGCAUAGAAGAGUUUACAGGUCCUUGGGAAGGAACUUCAACUGCCUGUUUACUUAAGAAGCAGCCUGGAAACAAAUGGACAGACCUGAGCUGGAAAAGGAUCAACCCCAAGGAACUGUGGAGUAUUCCAGCUGGUGCAGUGCCCAGAGCCCCAGUUCUUGCAGCUGAGCACUGGUAGAUCACUCGAAUGGGUUGAGCGUGUCUGUCUAGUCUCUAUGUUUUUCUAAAAACCACUGGCUUCCUCGUAUCACAGCUGAAGGCUGCAUGUCCCUACCCUCUUUGGUUCUUUCUCUUUUCAGGGUGCCUUAGAGUUACGGGGAGGCAGGCAGCUCUUAGUUUUGGGCAUUCUCUUAGAGCUACUCAGAUUACUGUUACAGUGGUGUCACAGGGUAAGUUUUGAGGAUAGGGGAAAAAAGGGAUUAUGUUUUUAAAUUUAGUCACUGCUUUGUGAUGGAAAAUGGGAGAUCAAAGACAACCCGAUUCCAUUCCAGGCACGCUCGCUGCAUCAGGCAUUCCUCUGCAGCACUGGAUUCUUCUCCUCCAGUUCUGGAGAGAGCUUUUGAAGAGACUCCUUUCACUUGAUGCUGAGCACUCUGACCGCCCGGUCAGACAGGGCAUUCCAGCCUCUCCUCCCAUGGCUGCCUGGAUCACCAAAGCCAGUGUGUACCCCUGUGCACUGUCCCAGCUUUUUUAUCCCCCACAGCACAUCUCGUUGAGCCUCCUGUUAGCUGGGCUGGUUUCACAGCACGUAACUCAUACCAGCUUGUUCUCAGUGACUUACCCUGGCACGGAGGAAAAGUUGACUUUCGUGCUAAAUCCUCUUGCUCACAACUCCUCUUUGAACAUCAUGUACAGAACUGAUCUUAAGCCUUCCGUCACCACUGCUGUUCUGCCUUCCCUGACUGAAUGACAGGUAAAAGCUUGCUUCUCACGUGGCUCCCCUCGAUUCACAGCUGCGUGACUCUGCGCUGCUGCUGCGGCAGCUCUCCCCCAUUCCAUGGUAUUUCUUUUUUGGAGGUGUAUUUAAGGCUUUUAGUUUGACCCUUCCAAGGACCGUGGGUGCUGGACAUCUUUCUACUCUUUACUGAAGCACUGAGAAUCCAGUCCUGUAGGUGUGGUUGAUGGGAGUAGUGGUGCUGGCAACAGGUCCUUCUUGUGUUUAUAAACUGUACUUGAACCCAGAUAAAGUUUGUUACUCUAGUUUUUUGCCAAAACAAAUAAAAUAUUUCUGAAGUUUGUUUUUUAA